GGCUGUGCUCUUUUUUUUUUUUUUUUUACUUUGUCCUCUUUUUUACACUUUUUCCUUCCACUCAGCUUUCCAUUAAUAUUCCUGGAUACAGCACUCUGUUAAUUCUUUGCAGAUCAUAACUCGUGCCCCUCAGAUUCACACUGAGGUCACCCGGUGUGUUGWGUUUAUGGCCAUCAGCUGCUGUUCUUGCCCUGAUCUGUUAUUUGAUUAAAAGUUCUGCUCAAUUCUUGCAGUACUUUCAUAAUUUUGAUCUAAUUGAAUCAAAAUUUUAACUUUUAACCAGUAAUAUUUACGGAUGGGCUGAAAUUUCACCCUAAUGUUAAAAUAGCAUUAAUUUAUUUAUGUUUUGUGGCUUUUAUGAAUGCCAGCAUGAACUUUAAUCAUCAUUUAAAUGCCAGUUUUGUAAUGAAAGUAAGUGGUUAUAUCUUUGUAAAUAGAAAUGUACUGAUUUAUAGCCCAUACAUUUUUUGAACAAAAAGCGUGAAAUUUUUAAAUUAAUUUAAAAAUGUGUUUCUCUCAGGAAUAAAUAUCAAAUCGAUACAUGCUGCAGAAGAUUUGAGGGUGAAAAUUACAAUUCAGUCCAAAAUACACAAUAUUCUCAAGUUAAUGACGUUAAACUUGGCAAACAUGAACCUUCGUUGGGGAAAAAAGAUGCAUUAAAAGUAAGAACUUCAUACAUUUUAUUAAAUGUUUUAAGAUAAGUAAACCUGAAACAAAAUACUUCUGGAAUUUACAGAAGAAAAAAAAAAUUGAACAAAAACUAAAACAAGGACUUAAGUAUUAGGAAUGUAUUUUCCAAAUCUGAGAUUAUUUGUGAGUGGCAAACCAAAUACUUAAUUUUAUAAGCUGUAAAUUGAUCYAAAACGAGACAUAAACUCAAGAAGAUUCAAAAUCCUCUGAAUCAGAACAAUUUGUUUGCAAAGUUUUGCUUUACGGUGCCACAUAGGUGGGAAUGCUGCAGGGGGGAACAAGGAGUCCGGAGCCCCCCGAAUCUAAACAGCCAAGAGAUUUUUACUUCAGUUUCUCCCUUUGAGCGAAAUCAUCCUGCACAAUGCAACACUAUUCAUUAAAAUAUCCCUCUUUAGUGGAGAGUGUAAYGUGUUGAAAUGCAGAAGACUUGCAUUCCCCCCAUCAGUGCAUGUCAGUGGUUUGGUCCCCUGCAUAGAGCCCCCAACCCCCCCCACACACACUGGGUCUGGGAAGGAGCCUCUUUUGUGUGGAGCAGCCUUUGGAAGUGUGUCAGUGGCGCCCAGCCUCCUGUGAGUGAGCCAUGCCUUCUGUGUCUGGAAGCAAAUGCUUGAAAGAUGCUCAAACUCCGUGCGCAGACGAAGGAAACCUGCCGUACGCCGAGAAGAAGUGUCCCGUGGACGGAGCUGUGGAAUUUUUCCCCGCUGCGCAGAAGUYGUCUGCACUCAGAGGAGACGACUGCAUCGACGAUGAGGACAAAUCCCACCAAACGUGUGAAGAAAAUGGUGCGAAAGAGGAAAAGGCAGAAGAGACGRCUGCUCAGAUGAAGUGGAUUCGUCCUGAUUUACCCAGCAGAUGCAGCUGGAGGCCGGGUGCGCCGAUGUCAGAGUCCCCUCACAGCCAGCCACCACGCAUCAAGCCGCCAAGAAUCCUCCCCAACAUCCUCGGACACAUUGGACACACACCUCUGGUCCGCCUGAACAAAAUCCCAAAGGAGUUUGGGUUAAAGUGUGAAAUGUUUGCCAAGUGUGAGUAUUUCAACGCAGGAGGCAGCAUUAAAGACAGAAUCACAAUGCGGAUGGUGGAGGACGCGGAGGAAGCCGGGAUCCUCAAACCGGGGGACACAAUCAUUGAGCCCACCUCCGGUAACACAGGAAUCGGACUCGCUCUCAUAGCGGCUGUGAAAGGCUACCGCUGCAUCAUCGCGAUGCCCGAGAAGAUGAGUAUGGAGAAAGUAGAUGUGCUGAAGGCUCUCGGGGCAGAAAUUGUUCGCACUCCUUCAUCUGCAGCUUUUGACUCGCCAGAGUCUCACAUUCGGACAGCUUGGAGAAUAAAGAGCGAGAUUCCCAACUCGCACGUCCUGGACCAGUACCGUAGUGCCAGCAACCCCCUGGCUCACUACGACACAACAGCUGAGGAAAUACUGGAGCAGUGUGAAGGUAAACUGGACAUGGUUGUAGCUGGAGCAGGGACCGGUGGUACGCUCACAGGCGUAGCUCGAAAGCUGAAGGAAAAAUGCCCCAAUGUCAAGAUAAUCGGUGUUGAUCCUGAGGGCUCUAUGCUGGUUCACUCAGAAGAGCAUCAAAGUGCUCAUUUCGAGGUUGAGGGCAUUGGAUAUGACUUCAUCCCCACGGUGUUGGACAGAUCCCUUGUCCACCAGUGGUACAAAGCGAGCGAUAAGGAAACAUUUAACAUGGCACGCAAACUAAUAAGAGAGGAAGGCCUCCUCUGUGGUGGGAGUUCUGGCUCAGCGAUGGCGGCAGCAGUGAAAAUGGCUCAGCAGCUGGAGGAGGGACAGCGCUGCGUGGUCAUCCUGCCAGACUCGGUCCGCAACUACAUGUCGAAGUUCCUGUGCGAUCAGUGGAUGUGUGAGAAAGGUUUCCUGGAGAGUCCGAAUGAGAUCAAACCCUGGUGGUGGAACGUGACAGUCCACAGUUUACACCUCUCCACUCCGCUCACCUUCGCUCCAUUCCUGUCCUGCCAAAAAGUCAUCAAGGUCCUGAAAGAGAAGGCUUUCGACCAGGCGCCAGUCGUCAGUGAAUCUGGUGAGGUCCUGGGCAUGGCCACUCUGGGAACCAUUCUUUCCGGUGUGCAGGAUGGAAAAGUCAAACUAUCAGAUCCAGUCAGCAUGGUGCUCUCCCAGGACUUCAGACAGGUGCGCCUGACGGACAACCUGGGGAAGUUAUCCUGCAUCCUCAAAACCCAAAACUUUGCCCUGGUGGUGGAUGAUCAGACCCAGAACGAUGCGGCGGGUUCAGUUUGUCCGAGGCAGAACGGGUUUGGCAUUGCGACGGCGAUCGACCUCCUGAACUUCAUCGCCACACAUGAGGGACAGGAUCACCCAUAAUCCUCCUGUUCGCCGUCACGCAGUCAAGCAGCGAGUUGUUUGGAGGUUUUUACCUCCUUAAUUAGGUUGUUUAAAAAGAAAAAGCCAGCUCAAUAAAAUGAAAAUAUUGUGAGGAAUUAUGCUUCAUUUAGUCACUUUGUUUUGUUUGUCCACAUUGCAGUAGAUGUAAAUACCUUAAAAACAUUCAAUGAUUAGAAUAUGAUUGAUAGGCAAACUUUAUACACUUCAGUUUUAUGUUACUUUUAUGAAAAGUUUGUGGAAAAAUUGCAGAUUAAUAUUUCUAGUGUGAUUUGUUUUAUAUAGUUUAGGUAUACACAGAUUAUUUAAAGUAUUUACAUGAGCAAAAGAGUUGAUGUGAUCUCUGUCAGGAUCAGUUAUGGGAUUUGAAUCUUGUAAUAUGUAAAACAUUAAUGAUAAAAUAGACACUCUUCAACUUUUUUCAUAACUAAUGAACAAUGUUUCGUGUGUUUAAAUAGAUAUUGUGCCCCUCCUUCCAGUUUUGUUGCUGUAUUUGUUUUUACUCUAUUUGCCAGGUAAAAUGUUUAAGUUUUUUUUUUUUUCUUGAUAGAUUCAAUGUCGCCAUCUGGUGGUAAAACUUUAGCCAAGAGAAUUACGGAAGUGUUUGAGUGUGAAGUAUUUUGUUGCACAUUUAAGCUACUUUCUGUUUGAAUUUAUGUUAUUUUUCAGCUGAAUUAAAUAUAGUAAAAAAAAAAAAUAAACAUGAGUAAUGUU